CGACAAUAGGCUGCUCCCUUUGGGCUGCUGCCCCUGCUGCUGCCCACACGGUCUGAAUCCCUCCUAGAUCCUGGAUUCUAAUGACUAGUGGGGGCAGGCGCUGUCUGAAGCAGUCGUGAAUGUUUACUGCCAAGAUCCAGGGGAGCCCACCCAAGCAGGCUGCAGGGCUAGGGAUGGGCCCCCUCUUUGUGGAGGACGUGGUGUCGUCUCUAGUCCGAGAAUUUCUCCACAGAAAGGGUUUUAAAAAAACAAGCCUUGUCUUGGACCAAGAACAUCCUCGAGGUGAAUACAGCAUAAACAACAGAAAUGAGCUGCGCAAGGUUCUGCACCUAGAAAUGCUUUAUAAGGAAAACAAGACCACCACUCUCAGGCUCUCUCCUUUCCCCACAAGAAGAUUUUUCAUCACCGACGGUCAGUUCUUCCCACGUGGACCAUUUUUGCCUCUUCUAAGGAAAAGUGCCUCGGCUCCCUUCCACCCUUGCUUGUCGCCUUCAAUAAUCUCUGUGACAAGGUGCCUUGCCCAAAUGUCAAAAUGCUAUACAUACCUUAAGAUCAGUAAAGAAAAAUCCUCUGAAAACGUCAUUACAAGUUACUUUUUGGAUCGUUCUGGAAAGAACAGUUACAAUUUAAUACAAGAAACACCACUUUCUAUUGUUUCAGCUUCCAAGAUGUAUAACAAACUACCUUUGAAAUGCUCUGAGAAUUCUGCAGUGAAUAAUAAUAAUUCGAGCGAGGUUUCAGAUGAAGAUGGAAAGACCAGGUACCGCAUGGCGUUGGUUAUAAUGGGACACACUGAGCCAGCGCCCAGUCUGGGAAACGCUUUUCCGGCCGCACUCGGGCUUCACUUAAAGGUUUCUGGGGGCGACACCAUCCUCACAAAAGCUUUAUUCGUCCCGGCUUUUCCCGCCAAGUGCGCGCCAGCAUCUUUCCUUCGGAAAGAGAAGAUGGGUGCGGCCCCUACUGUGCGCCGGGCCCUCGGCUGGGGGCUUUAUACACGUUCCCUGCAAAAGGAUGCCCCCAAUUCUGGAAUCUAGCGAGGUUACCCAGGGGCCUUUGGGGGAGCCACAGGCGGACGCGUGGGAGGGGCCUCCAUUUAGUUCCGGGUUUGAUCGCCUGGGAGAGCCCGUCCAGCUUUCUAAGCGAACGAGGCGCCCUCGUGCCGACUGGAGCUUCCCUACCUUCCUGAAGGGGGCGCAGGGGGCGUGGGAGACCUCCACUCAAGUGACCCAAGGGCCCCAGGGCGGGCGCCCGGACUCUGCAGCGUCUCUUGCUUUCCGUGGGGGGGCGGGUGAGGUGGGCGCAGCCGCCGGCAGGGGCCGACACAUCCCCGGGGCAGUGGGCCCUGAAGAUGGGGGCUGGGCGCGGAAAGAAAGCCCUCAAAGCCGCGUCCGAGACGAGGCAGCCCACAGAGGGGCGGCCGCCUCCAGGAGCCCGUGGGCCCCGCCGGGCACAGGAGACUCCGCGGGAGAGCAGC